CCGAUCCGCGUUCGUAAUGCGUAGUGUGACACGGGCUUAAUGGAGCUAGACAAACAGUUCGGAGAAAGCGCUUAUAAUUUCGCCAAAAUAUAAUAGAAUAUAAUAGAUAAUAAUAUAAAGAUAAUACGAAUAAUUAAAUGGACCAAUGUAAGAAAAUGGUUAUUUAUGUAGCGUAUUAUAAAUGUUUGCACAUCAAGUCUACAUAAAGAUGGGUUCUUUGAUAAAGUAAUCCAUGAAGAAGAUUUGGAAAGUAUGCAAUAUAUUGUAAUCACUAUAUUGUACAAUGUCCAAUAAAUCGCUACACGAAUGUGGUAAUCAUCUUAUGGAGAAAGGAAGAAACAUUAUGUUUCAGAUUUAUUUAACUUUUUGAUGUACCUAACGUAUCGCUCGAUAAUAAUCUAAUGAUUAAAUUCUAAUCCGUUAUAACUUAGAAGUUAUUGCGAACUUUUCAAUUGUAUUUUCAAAUCUAUUUACAUUCUCUACGCAUACAAUGGCUGACAGAAUUCUUAUAUGAGUGAACCGUAAACAUGUUUAUAUAUUCUUUCUACUUCUUGUGUCAUUUCAUAUAUUCGUAUACCUUGGUCGUGAUAAGAUCUAACCACGAUGACAGUGUAUUGAUACGUUUUCAACAUAGAGAGCUGUUAACGACAAUAACAAGUAAUUGUACGGAUUACUUUAUACUUUAUACAUUAAAAUCGUUACACUUCACAAUGUUGAUAUUUGGAAGAAAAUUUCGCAUCUCAUUCCUUCAACUAUUUCUAAGUAGUAUAAUGUUCACUACUGUGAUAACAUGUAUGCAAGCGAAAGAUCGGUCUACCAAAAUUAAACCACAUGAAAAACUUGGUUAUCGUUUACCAAAAGAUGUACAGCCGCGGCACUAUACUAUCAACAUAGAAUUUUCUAAAUUGCUGUAUUCUUUACGUGGCAAAUGCGAAAUUGAUAUUGAAAUUUUCGAACCAACAUCAAAUAUUAGGUUACAUAGUCCCGUACCGGAAAGAACCGAAAAGCUAAUAAAAUAUGAUAUGAUAAAAUUGAGUAUGAAGAAUAAUAGCGUAGAUGAACUUACAGCUGACGAAUAUAUUCCAGGGACUAUCGGAUACGGGGAGGAGAACAUUCUAAACCUCUAUUUCAAUCAGCAGCUAUCUCCUGGACAUUACUCCUUGUCCAUCUCAUACGAGACAAAUAUUAGUAAAGGCAUAGAAGAAGGUUAUUUUAUUAAAAUUGUAUUCCCACCUGAAGCAAGACGACAGAACACAUUAUUGGCAACAAAUAUUCAAUCUAUUGAAACUCGACAAUUGUUUCCAUGUUGGGACGAGCCGGAAUUUAAAACAACAUUUCGAAUUAUAUUUACUCAUUCACACGGAUAUAUGAUCUGUCCAGAUGUGUGUAUAAAGGAAACAUAUACACACAAUGAUUAUAAACAAGAGUGGAUCCGGACAACUGUUGUCACUACAAAUGCAAUAUCUACUUACCAAAUGAUGUUUGUGCUAACUGAUUUAAAGCUUCUAUCUCUCACUUAUCGGCAUAUGCCAUACAGUAUAUCCUAUACCGACGAACCAAUAAGUAUAUUUAGUCUGAUAGCGAGUAGACCUAGCGUGGGAAAAUAUAUGGAAUUUGCAGGAAACGUGACUCUUAAGCUUCAAAACUCUACGUGGUACAGGAAAAUUCCUAAAAGAGUGUUUAUAAAUCAAUAUGCAUUUCCUAUGGCUAUCCCAUUUGAUGUCAUCGGGAAACAGAAGCUCAUCAUUUAUAAGUAUCUGGACAAUGAUAAGAAUUUCAUUAAUUUUAUAUUUUAAUAAUGUAAAAUUUAAUAGCAUUUCUAUUGAAUCAGAAAAAAAUGUAUAAAUGAACAUUUUACUAUAUUAGCAACAUGAAGUUCAAAAUAAAGAAACGUGGACAUUUUCAUUUCUUAUUGCUGAUAAACUUUCAUAUUUAAAUAUCAUUUGACUUUAUACAUAACAUUACCAAAUUCUAACAUGUUUAUAUGAUAUAUACACAUGUAUAUAGUAAUAUAUUCUAUAAAAUGUAUAGUAAUAUAUUAAAUAUUAUA